AUGGAGAUGAAGGUUGAGAUAGUAGCUAGAGAAAUCAUCAAGCCAUCUUCUCCCACACCCAAUCAAUUUAGAAUUUACAAGCUCUGUUCUAGGGAUCAAUUCUCUCCCCAUGAUUACAUCCCAGUUGUUUUCUUCUAUGUCAACACUACUCGUGAUGUGAAUCACGAAGAGAUGGUUAGCAUAAGAUCCCAACGCUUAAAGGAAACUCUCUCUGAAACCCUCACUCGCUUCUACCCACUUGCCGGAAGACUGAGAGACAAUCUCUUUAUCAAUUGUAACGACGAGGGUGUUGAAUAUUUGGAAGCUCGAGUCACCGACUGUCGUCUCUCAGACAUUCUUGAACAACCCAAAGUCGAAGAAAUGUACCGUUUAUUUGAACCCGACCCCGAAGACUUCAACAACAACCCUCUGUUAUUCGUUCAACUUGACUUAUUUCCAUGCGGCGGAAUGGCACUUUGUGUGCGUAUGUCUCACAAGAUCGCCGAUGGAGUCGCGUAUGCCGCCUUCGUGAAGGCCUGGUCCGACAUCGCCCUCGGGUCGUCUGAGAUUAUUGUACCAGAUUUCAUUGCUGCCUCGUCUCGCUUCCCACCGAGAGAGGACUGCCCGGUGUUGUCAAUGACGUUCAUGCAGACGACCAAGAAGAUUGUCACAAAAAGGUUUGUGAUCAACGCAUCGAAAGUUGCUACCCUCAAGGCCAAAGCGACCAGCACGGGCGUGCAGCAACCUACCCGGGUCGAGGCUGUCACUGCGGCCCUCUUCAAAUGCGCUGUGACUGCCUCCCGAUCAUAUGCCCUUGGACUUGAAACUGAAGUUCCAAGUCCAAAGGCAUAUGCGUUGACAGGGGCUGUCAACAUGCGCACAAGGCUUGGGCCACCCUUACCAGAAUAUUCUUUUGGAAAUAUAACUGGAUUGUUGUGGGCAAUGAUCGAAGAUGGUGGUGCAGAAACAAACUUGCCAGGCUUGGUUUGUCAGCUGAGGAAAGGGCUUCAACAGUCCACAGAUAACAAUUUCAUCGCUGAAAAGAUAAAACUGUUGAGACUCAAGGGAGACGCUGUGAAGGUGUAUCGCCAUAGCAGUUGGUGUAGGUUUGGUCUAUACGAACUUGAUUUCGGGUGGGGGAAGCCAACAUAUACGACUGCUGUUUUAUUUGGUAACCCAAUUGGAAUUGGAUUGCUGGACACAAGAGAUGGUGACGGAAUAGAAGUGUGGAUGACUUUGUUGAAAAAAGACAUGGCCUUGUUUGAAAGUGACCAGGAGUUGCUAGCUUUUGCCUCGCCAAACCCAAGUGCACUCGAAAAUUGA